AUGUCCUGUUACUCCACGUCGAAUAUCUGUCCGAGUAACGGCACUUGGAAUCAGUCUUACGUCACCGUUGCAUCAAAUCUGUCAUAUGGUUAUAAUAUUGCACUUGAUUCGUCAAACAAUAUCCUCGCAGUCAGUAAUGAUUAUGCAGGCGUGUUAAAGUUUUCGCUCACCAAUAGUUCAUCAUUCACUAAGGCAGUGAGCAUUAUUAACCCCUGGGGUUUAUUUGUUGAUCAAAAUAACACGAUAUACUUAUCAACAACUUCUGGUGGGGCUUCGGUGCGUAAAUAUCCCGCGAAUACAACAACAGGAAUUUUCGUUACCGGAAAUAUUAAAGGCAACAGUUCAAAUCAGUUAAGUGGUCCUGCAGGAAUUUUUGUCGAUUGUCUUGGAAACACCUACAUCGCUGACUCAAAUAAUAAUCGAAUUCAACGCUGGGCGUCGAGCGCUUCAUAUGGCUGCACCGUGGCUGGUGAUAGUUCUGCUACUUCUGGUAAUGGAACCUUACAACUCAACAAUCCCAGUGAUGUCCGAAUCGACAAAUCUGGAAAUAUAUUUGUCUUAGAUAGCAGUAACACCCGAGUGCAAAAAUUUGCACCAAAUUCGACUAUAGGCCUAACAGUUGGUUCUAGUGUCGCUGCUAGUCCAAAUCAUCUUAAAAUCACAUCCUAUGCCAUGUUUGUCGAUGAUUGUCAGCAGAUUUACGUCAGUGAUGGGUAUGGUCGCGUUGUACAAUAUAAACCCGGUUCUGUAAACGGAACAGUCAUAAUCAGUGGAAUUGUUGGUGGCGGACGCGGCAUAACCAUGGAUAGCUCGAAAAAUAUAUAUGUUUAUAACAGUAGCAGUGCCGAUGGCAGCAUUCUCAAAUUUGCUUAUAUCCCCUAG